ACAUCGCAUGCUCAAGUAUACUCCAGAACAUAUGCAUUGCCUUGCUAUGUUUUGGGGUCCUCUUGCUCCACCCAAGACCGGAGUGCUUGCUGUUCAGAAUUUAUCUAACAAUCAGGCGGCAUUUCGCAUCAUAGCAACAGCAUACGUACUUGAGUUCAACCAUGCAGCACGGAUAGUGAAAAAAAUCAAGCUAGUUGGAUACCCCUGUAAAAUAUUCAAGAAAACAGCCCUCAUCAAGGAUAUGUUUACUUCAGAUCUCGAAGUGGCUCGGUUUGAGGGUGCAGCAAUUCGAACUGUGAGUGGGAUCCGUUGGCAGGUGAAAAAGAUUCUGCCAAUGGCAUUUACUUUUGAGAACCAGUCUUCUCUGAUAGUGGCUGCUCUAAAGAUGAGUGGUAAAACGUGGAGAAUAUCCAUGCCUAAGAAUCCUUCUUAG